GUGUUUGGAGGGUUCUGGCAGUUCUAAGCUGGGCUCAGGAGAUUCAGUAGAUUAGUUAUAACUGAAAUUGAGAACUUGCCAUCUGCCUCUCACUAGGCUUUCCAGCGUGUACCUCUCUAAUUCCUAGGUUUGCCUUUGGGCCUCUACAUGCCCAAGCUGGCCUUUCAUCCCUGACAGAUGAGUCAGGUGCUGGCCACCUCCAGCUCCUGCACUGGCUCUAUAAAGCGCAGCCGGUUCUUCCGUGGUCUUGGUCACAAUACCAGGGUACAGAGAGGGCUGGCCGGAGCUUCAGUCAGUUCUCUGUUUCUUAGGCAAAUCAUCCAAGUAUGGGAGGUUCUCUUUCCCUUCAGGAGAGCUCUAAAGAGCCCUGCUUCUAUAUACAGUGGUUUAGAGCUCAUCCUGCCCAUUGUUGGUACAUUCCCCUCACCCCUCACCCUGGAUACUUGGAACUACUAAAAUAAGAGAUUCAGCUUUUCAAUUUUGCUACUGCCUUGCCGCAAGCAGGGAAAUAAACAUGGACUUAAAUGUCCUUUGAACAAAACCAAAGUGUAAGACUUGCCACAUGACGGAGCGAUAGGGAGGGCCAGACUUACCGGCACUGGCGCUCAGCAGGUGCCAGACCUUCUGUUUCAUCUGCUGCCCGUUUGCCCAGCAGCUCUGGGAGCAUCGUCCUGCCCGAGCAGAGCCCGGGCCUUGCCCUCAUGAAGGAUGAUUGAAAUAGCAGGACCAUGUUGAUUCCUUGGUUAUGUCUCAUUAUAACAGUAAGAAUCAGAACAUUAAUUUGAAACUGUCUUCAACAACUUGCGGUAUGCAUUUUUUUCACACCAGUACAUUCUUAAGCAUCCUUGUUUAUAUAGAAUAACAUAAACUAAUCUGUACCUUUAUAUAUAUAUAUAUAUGUACAUAUAUACAUGUAUAAACUGUAUAGUGUACAUGUUAAUGAUUUAUUGAUGUGUCCCAAAUCUUUCAUGACAUUCUCAUCCUCCGCAUGCCCUCAGUUUGUGGUCGGGUGACUUGAAUGUUCCCCGAUGAUUCUGCCCACCUCCCGUGUUUGGACGUCUAGGGAAGGAGGGUUUUGGUCGUACCCUCCUUAUCCUCAUGCACAGAAAUGCUCAGGGUCCCCAUGUGCCUGUUGUUCAACCCUUUCUUGUCUCUUGUCCCCUUUCUGAGCAUGUGGUCCCUCCCUGUCCUAUAACUUCUCUGCCCCUUCCCCAAGUUGUGGGACAGCUGCCUUCCUACUAAAGUGUAAAGCAGUAUUAACAUCAUUACUGCAUGUGCGCUAAAAACCCAAGUUUUCUGUUCCCUUGGGACAGAAAAUUGCAUGUGGGGUGGGAUAAUCAAGUUUCAGUGACCCAUGUCAGUUACACAACAAAAGCCAGACCCCAUUACAAAAUUCCACAAAACGGAAAUCAAACUCAAAUUUCUUUAGCAUUGUGUAAAUAAAUCUGGAUGUGUUUAACUUUGUACUGGUAAUUUUCUGUAUAUUUGCAAUAUUUGGGUUAGAAAUAAAACAGACUGGACUUUGUUACCUGACCUGUUGAAAUGACUAAGCUAUAGUUUGUUAAUAUGUACAGUUUGUUAAUAUGGUAGAUUUUCCAGUUUUCUAGCCUCAGAAAUCAAACUCCAGCCACCAGAGAAUAAGCCAGUAAAAGAGGCAGGACUGUGCAUUUGUCACAUGAGAGGUAUUAGGUAAGUUGCGGGGGAUUACUUAGUUUUUUCUUGUUCUUUCCACUCCUAAAAGUCUACCUCCCAUGGGUAUUUGUGGGGCCAGCUUUCUCGGUCUCACACCCCAACACACCCUUUCAGUACACUGCUACACUCUUCCUUCUGGACACAGCGGCAUAGAAUGACUCUCCUGAGUUAGAUGCUCCUUCAGGCAGGUUUGACAGACAACAACCCUGCCUCUCUCAGGUUUCUCUUGCUGUUCUUACUCCUAGCCUGCCUGAUCCAUUUCAUUUAAGGACAUUCAAAGAGUUGCCGCUUUCCUCUCUCCCCAAACUUGUGUUUUAGGAGAGGUUCCUCCCCAACUCCCUUGAACCUUUAGCUGAGCCUUGAAAAUUGCUUCUCAGUCUGCCAUCUUGGGUGAUAUUUCCAAUGAAUACCUACUCUGACAUCAUGAUCUGAAGCUGAAGAGGCAAAAGAUUUUGCUUCUAAGGAGCCCCGCCACCUGGCGGAAGAGUUCCUCCCCUAGGAGAUUAUGUAUGUAAUUUUAUUUUCAGCAAGUCUAUCUAACCUAGUGUCCUAAGACUUUACCAGAAUCACUAAGGUUGCUUUUUCUGAUGCAGAUUCCUAGACCCCACCUAGACUCAUUAAAUUAGACUUCAUAAUGGACAGACCCUAAGAGUCUCCAUUUUUACCUUGAUUCUUUACACCUCUAUUGCAACAAAGGGCUUAGACUGAAAGCCUAGACCAGUUUCACCAAAGGAUGGGUUAAGUAGGGUGGAAAAAGGGGGUUUUGGAGUCUCCUGAUGUCGGAACUCUGUACUUAUAAAGUUGUUGGCUGGCUCAGGCAAAAGAAAUCAGGCAGCCACCUUCACACGAAUCCUGAUGUGGCACCAAGUGCAGCCUCAGAGGUCCAGCCACACAGCUCCCUCUCGGCCAUCCCAGCUCCUGAUAAAUAGGUUCCUGGGCCAGAAAUGUGUCUACUAGCUUUCCUGGUCUCAGCCCCUACACAAGUUGCAAAGGGGAGUUUCCAUUGUAGCACAGGCUCCUGGGAUCCUGUCGACUCUGUCUCUAAAUUGAGGGCUAGAGGGAGGAAAUGAGUAAGGAGCUCAUCCAUUCAACCACACUCUUUUUUUUUUUUUUUUCCAUAAAAGAGGUGGUGGAAAGGAGGAAGGGGUAUAUGGGAACUCUGUACUUUCUACUCAACUUUGCUGUGAACCCUUUGAAGCUGCUCUAAAAAUAAAGUCUUUACACACACACACACACACACACACACAAAGGGGAUGCUGGUUUCUGGAACAAAGAAAGUGAGGGUAUGAUAGGAAACCAUUUGGACACAGUACAGAACGUGUAGAAUGAUGGCUUGGUAAGUCUAGAAAUCCUAUAGGAUCUUUAGUAUGUAACUAAUAACACUUCCUAUGCUCUGGCCAUUUCCUUCGACUAUUAGCAUUUUAGCCUCCACACAGUCAUGGCAUCACCAUCUCUGGUUUCAGAGCCCUGAGGUUCAGACUCGGUGAUUUGCCCAGGGUCACCUAGCUAAUGAGUGAGUAGCCCUGCCCGAAGUCACACACACAUACUCUGACCUCAUGCCCCUGGCUCCCCUCCACCACUGCUGCCUCUCGCUUUACUGGUACUUUAUCUCAGAGGCAAGGGAGCUCUCAGAGGGCCACGUGCUGGCCCAACCUAAAAAUAGCUCCCAUUUAUCAAGCACUUCGCUCUACUCUGCUAAGCACUUUGCACAGAUUACCUCUUUUAAUCCUCACAACCACCCUAUGGGCAUUACCGUCUCCAUUUUACAGAUGAGGAAACAGACCUGAGAGAGACUGUGAUGCAAGUCGCACAAGCUAGUUGGUGAUGGAGCCAAAAGUGAGUCCAGGUAGUCCAGCUCCAGAGGGCAGACUCUACCUUCCCCACCACUAGGGGGGGUGGCGGAGGGGAUGGGGACAGACCCUGAAAAGGGCGAGUUGACAAGACUUUACAGCUCCCUGAACACGGCACAGAGAGAGAAGGAGCCGUUAAAGGUGAAAGGUGUGCGUGUGAACCGCUGAGCCUGCUAAGCCAGGAGCCCCAUUGUAUGAUCUGUGUGCGCGGCCAGGGGAGCUGUUUGAAGCUCAAAGCCUACCACACACACCCCCACCCCACCCCCGGGCUGUGUGAGCGGGGCCACCUCAGUCCUCUUGCGGCUAUUCUGGGCUGCUGUCUGAUCUGCCUCUCUUCCCCAGCCCCUACUUCAGCCCUUCUGCUGGGAGUAGCCGGGUGGGGAAAGGCCAGGCCAGUUACAUAAGCCCAUGGCUGGGACCCCGGAGGCCAGGCUGGAGAGCAGGUGCUUAGCCCCUCCCUCACCACCAACAGUGAAAAUCUCCCUCUGGAGCCCAGCCUCCGGGCGGCCCAGCAUGGAGGCAGCCACAGCUCCCGAGGUGGCCUCCUCAGGAUCCACACUGAAGGUGAAAGAAAUGAGCCCAGCGGAUGCAGAAGGACCCCCAGCUUCACCUCGACAGGAGGCCGGCAGCCCCAUUCCCCAGCUCCUGUCCCCUAUAGAAGAGCACCCCAAGAUCUGGCUACCUCGCGCCCUGAGGCAGACCUAUAUCCGGAAGGUCGGAGACACUGUGAACCUACUAAUCCCAUUCCAGGGCAAACCCAAACCUCAAGCCACCUGGACACAUGAUGGCUGUGCCUUGGAUGCCGGCCGUGUGAGUGUGCGCAAUGGGGAGCGGGACUCCAUCCUCUUCAUCCGAGAAGCCCAACGUGCUGACUCAGGUCGCUACCAGCUCAGCGUGCGGCUGGGCGAGCUGGAGGCCACUGCCACCAUUGACAUCCUGGUGAUCGAGCGGCCAGGCCCUCCUCAGAGUAUCAAGUUGGUGGAUGUUUGGGGCUCCAAUGCUACUCUGGAGUGGACACCUCCCCAAGACACAGGCAACACGGCACUCCUCGGAUACACCGUGCAGAAGGCUGACACAAAAUCUGGGCUGUGGUUCACGGUGCUGGAACGUUAUCACCGCACCAGCUUCACAGUCUCCAACCUCAUCGUGGGCAACUCCUAUGCAUUUCGAGUCUUUGCUGAGAACCAGUGCGGGCUCAGUGAGACAGCCCCCAUCACUGCUGACCUUGCCCACAUCCAGAAAGCAGCUACCCUUUGCAAGACUGGGGGGUUUGCACAGCGAGAUUUCUCUGAAGCCCCAAAGUUCACCCAGCCUCUGGCAGACUGCACCACGGUCAUGGGCUAUGACACCCAGCUCUUCUGCUGCGUCCGCGCCUCUCCCAAGCCAAAGAUCAUCUGGCUGAAGAACAAGAUGGAUAUCCAAGGCAACCCCAAGUACCGAGCCCUCACUCACCUGGGAAUCUGCUCUCUCGAAAUCCGCAAGCCUGGUCCCUUUGAUGGGGGUAUCUACACCUGCAAGGCAGUUAACCCACUGGGGGAGGCAUCUGUGGACUGUCGGGUGGAUGUGAGAGCUCCUCACUGAGGCCUCCAAAGAAGAUUAGGGCAACUCUGACAAAGGAAGCCUGACUGUGGGGAGAUUGUAUCCUUAAGCAGCUCCAGCACAACAUCUGCUUUGGACUAAUCUAAAUAAACGUGUGGAUCCUCGGUG